AUGGCCUCAAUUGUGUUAAUGAGGACCAUCACAAAUGAACUCAUUCCUCGUGAGGUCCUAAGCAUUUUUCAAUCUGCACUUCAUCACGUUUCUCGCCAUUUCUCGGCGCAAUUCACCAUAGUUAUUGAGGAAUUUCAAGGGAUGGCAAGAAACCUAGUUUUUGAGGCUGCACAAAUCUACCUAGGAACUAAAGCAGUUGUGUCGGUAGAAAGAGUUAGAGUCAACAAAUUAGAGGAUCAUAAAAAUCUUUCAUUCAAUAUAGAUAGAAAUGAAGAAGUGAGUGAUAAUUUUGAAGGUAUUAGUGUAAAGUGGAAACUAAUUUGCAUAGAAGUUGACUCCUCACGGAUUCGACAUUACGAUAAUGACUCCUCGCCCAUGUCAGAAAUACGAUCCUAUGAGCUAACUUUUCAUAAGAAACACAAAAACAAAAUCUUCGAUUCGUAUUUGCCUUAUGUGAUGGAUAUAGCUAAGAAUAUUAAACAAGGAGACAUGGCAAUCAAAAUUCAUUCGAAUGACUACGGUUGUUGGUCUCGUGAACCUCCUAAGUUCAACCAUCCAAUGAGUUUCAACACUCUUGCAAUUGAUGAAGAGCUUCAUAGGGAAAUUGUGGAUGAUUUGGACAAAUUUGUGAGAGCUAGAGAGUUUUAUAGAAGAACCGGGAAAGCUUGGAAACGCGGAUACUUGUUGUAUGGUCCUCCUGGUACCGGAAAGUCUAGCUUGAUUGCAGCGAUGGCUAACUAUCUCAACUAUGAUGUCUAUGACUUGGAUCUCACCGCGGUUGGGGAUAAUAGGCGCUUGCGGGAACUGAUUCUAGGCAUGUCAAACCGUUCUAUACUUGUGAUCGAGGAUAUUGAUUGCACUAUUAAUUUGCAGAAUCGAGAAGAUGAAGAAGUGGUUAAUAAUGAACACAAUAAGGUAACACUUUCAGGACUAUUGAAUGCUGUAGAUGGUCUUUGGUCAUGCUGUAAAGAGGAACACAUAAUUGUUUUCACAACAAAUCAUAAAGAAAGACUUGAUCCUGCUCUUUUAAGGCCUGGUAGAAUGGAUAAGCAAAUUCACUUAUCAUAUUGCAACUUUUCAGCUUUUAAGCAAUUAGCCACCAACUACCUUUGCAUUACUGAACAUGGACUCUAUGAAAAGAUUGAAGUGCUUCUAGGAGAAGUUAAAAUUACUCCAGCUGAAAUUGCUGAAGAGCUUACAAAGGAUGCUGAUGCUACAGAAUGUCUACAAGACCUUAUUAAGUUCCUUCAAGCCAAGAAAAUGAUCAUGGUAGAGAGAAUUAAAAGAGUGAAGAAAAUAUCAAAGAAGAACAUAAUAAUCAAGAACAUAAGUAAACAAAGAAGAGAUUAAGAAUGAAGAAAAUAUCAAAGAACAUGAUCAAGUGGCCGGGCGGUGGAAUUGGUCUGCUGGAAUUACUCGGUUCUUAGACCAGCUACCAAGUUUUAAAAAAAAAACAUGAC